GCUCGACUCAAAACCACCAUCGAAACACGACUUUUGAGGGAUUCGCAUAGACCAAGCGACUGCGUUUCUUUUCUUUUUUUCCUUAUUUUCCUCCCCGGUCAAUCGUUUUACCUGACGCUCGUUUAUUUUCGUGGGGGAGGGAUCUCGGAAAAAGUGGCAUAUUAUUUGUUUUUGUUUGGGAGUUUUUUUUGUCGCAUCGAGAGGAAGCUGCGCUUUUUGAGGGUCAUCUGGGAAACAAAAGACGGAUGAUAGGAGAUUGUUGCUGAGCUUUUGACCGACGCUCGUUUGUUUUGUUUAUUCUCGCGCGCUUGCGAUACCUUGUUACGACAACAUCGAACGAAACGACACCAACCUCCCGACGAUACCCUCACCAAAGCUCGAAUCGCUUCUCAACAAAAACCACCGCCAUCAUGUCUGGCUUUGGCGACUUCACGUCCAUCUGCGAGCACACGCCGCUGCCCCUCUGCGCCUCCGUCGGCCCCGUCCUGUCGUCGUCUGGCCGCGUCGGCAUCGAGCCCAGCUGCUACGCGCGCAACAUCGAGGUGGCCAACACAAUCAUCUUCGAGGGCGCCGCCUCCUUCGCCCACAUCGGCGCCCUCGUCAUGACCGUCAUCAUGAUCCUGCACGUGCGCUCCAAGUUCACUGCCGUCGGCCGCAAGGAGAUUCUGACUUUUUUUUACCUCUACAUGCUGCUCACUUUCAUCUCGCUCGUUGUGGAUGCUGGUGUUGUGCCUGCGGGCAGCGGGCCGUUUCCUUACUUUUCGAGCGUGCAGAAUGGCUUGACUAGUGCUGUUGUGACGUGUCUGCUGGUCAAUGGGUUUGUGGGCUUUCAACUGUACGAGGAUGGCACGCCGCUGUCGGUGUGGAUGCUGUGGCUCUGCUCCGUCGUUGCCUUUGCCAUUUCCUUCCUCGUCUCGCUGGCCACUUUCAAGGGAUGGGCGGGUAUUGGUCCGACCAACACUAUCGGUCUGUUUGUCGUCCUGUACUUGCUCAAUGCCAUUGAGCUCUUUGUCUACGUUGGCAUGCAGAUCCUGCUUGUUGUCAGAACGCUGCAGGACAGGUGGCCGCUGGGUGACAUUGCCUUUGGCAUCUUCUUCUUUGUUGCCGGCCAGGUCAUUCUCUAUGCUUUCAGCUCCAAGAUUUGCGUUGCCGUGAGCCACUACCUGGACGGCCUGUUCUUUGCCACAAUCUGCAAUCUGCUGGCCGUCAUGAUGGUCUACAAGUACUGGGACUCCAUCACCAAGGAAGAUCUCGAGUUUUCUGUCGGCACUCGCAUGAACAACUGGGAAGUCAAGGAACUCCUCGGAGAAGAUGAGCGCCGUGGAACCGUUUACGCCGAUGAUCCUUAUGCCCAGUCUAGCGGCUACGACAUGCCCUACUCGCCGACGAACCGCUACUCAUCUCGGCACUAAGUUGUUUUGCAGCUCCUGCGUUUGAUUUGAUUGUUAUUUUUAUAGUUAUUACUCUUUUACGAACGAACGCUUUAAUGGGGCUGGUGAAUCCCACGGCGAGCAAAUCACCGCCCCCCCCCCC